AUUUAUUUAGUUUAGAGUGUUAAGAGAUAUUGUGAACUAGAGAAGCUUUAUUAAUCAUGAUUUUCGAUGCAUGGCGAACUAAUGGAGGGCCAACCCAGCACCCGGCGAUGCCAACAGCUGUCACUUCAGAUGUAUUAGAGAUUGGAUUCGUGUUCGCAUUUUGCAUACUUGCGUUUUCCUUCGUACUGAUUAUUCCCGGAUACAAAGGAGUUUCCCGUUUGUACAUGCUUCUGCGAGUUGUGAUCAGUUUGUUUAUCGGUGCCUCAAUAUUUCUCGGCGUUUUGGGCCAAGAUUGGGAGAGUGCAGAAAUUGAAACAAAAACAGCUUACAAAGCGUUUACAAAAACAGAGAUACACGCCAAAGUGGGAAUGAAGAUUGGACUCGGAUCUGUGAACGUUACACUGAAAGGAACGCCGAUCUAUCAAACGGUUGGACACAGCGACAGCGUAAACUUCACUGAACGUAUUGACUACAACGAAAGGUUUCAUUGGGCAUGGAGACAGGGCCGAAUUGGAUUUGGACCUUAUGCUGGCCGGAUAAACCAAGAGUUCAGACAAGCCCAAUACAGAGGCGUUCCUCUUCCAAUCCAAUGGGUUGCCGAGUAUUUUACUUUGGACGGUGAAUUAAUACGAUGGGGAAGGUCUUACCGCACUGCUGGUUGGUUCGCAAACCAAGUUUUGUGGACCGCUGUACCUGUUUGGCUGAUAGCUAACAUCUUAUCCUGUGUCGUGCUCUUCUAUGCUGGUUGUAUGUUUAUGGUCACAUCAGUGUUUAUGUUUGUAAGUUUAAUAAUAUGGUCGACUAUCAAAUGGGGAACUCAGCCACUCAGCAUCCCGUUUGAAGACGGUGUGCUUUAUACACAUUACGGAUCAAGUUUCUGGUUGGUAGUGUCUGGAGGGAUUGUCUCAUUUCUGUACGGAGCAAUAAUUGCUAUGAUGGAUACGUUUACACCUCAGUUAAUAGCAGACUUUUUUGGCAUUGAUGUGUUGAAGGAUAGCGAAGAGUUUUUUCACAAACACGAAGAUGAUGAUAUUGCGGAUGUGGAGAGUCCGGGUUUUGAGCUCGGGACAACCGGUGGCGUUCAAAAACGGUUUGCCAAACAUAACCGCACAGCUAAAUCACGCGUGUGGGCCAGCCGGAGACGUAAAUCUCGCUCUACGUUGAAGAGGGAUCUGAAAUUAGAAAGCGAUGUUUCUGGAAGGAAUGUUUACGUUUACACCAACCCUGACGCCCAUGAAAGUCUAAAUCCAGGAGAGAUUUCUGGCUCCAGGAGAAGCCCGGGAUUUUCUAAUAUUUGGGAUCGUGCUGCAAGCUUAAAUGUAGAAAGUUCUGACGGAAUUCAACCUGUUGAAAUCAAAAAUAGCACUUCACCGAAGGCUAUUGCGCCAGGUAAAGAUACACCAUCGUACAGUGGUGAGAAUAUCUACGAAAAUACGGCAUAUGUUGGCGCUGUGCAGUUGAAAGAAUGCACCAACACAGAUGGUAUUGGCACUUUUUCUGUACAUAAUUCCAACGCGAGCUUUGACCAGACAGCGAUGUAAAACAAAAUUAAAUGUUAUCACAGCUGAUUUAAAAGGGAAUUACUUAAAUUAUGCUCAAAUAUUUAAACAACAAUAUACUCAAACAUUAUCAGCAAUUCCUGCAUACAAUUUAGUGAGGAAUAAGUUUGGACCACUUAUAUAUUAUAUGCUAAAGUUUUUGCAGUGUAUUUCUAGUUAUAAACUGUAAAAUUUCUAUAAUCUUGUCGUCUGGCUUUAAACCCUAUUCUAUAUAUAAGGAUGGGAGAAGAUGAGACAAAAUUUGAUUAUUUUUUCUCGACCCAUUUGGUAGUGAAUAUAGAACACUGAAUGAAUUAUAAUUCCGUAUGCUCACGACUUUCAUAGACCCUUGUUACUGUUUAGUUUAAAACAUAACGUCCCAACUUACCCCACAUAUGUCCCAUCACGCCCCAUAUGUGUCUCAAGUCUCAUGUUACCCCACAUGUGUCCCAUCUCACCCCACAUUACUAUAUAUGUGUGUUAGCAUAAAGAUUAACAUUUGAACUGUACAGUUUCGUAUACAAUUAUUCGUUGCAUUUUCGUGAAGUCCUUAGAGUUCAGCGUCUUAAGCAAAAUUUAAACAACGAAUACGUUUUUUCACUACUCCGGUAGCCACUUAUAAUAAUUAUAAUUUCUCACCUAAAUAUAAGACUUAACCAGCUAUAAGUUUCACAACUAUUAAUAAGCGAUUAUUUAUAGAAUAUUGAUUGUAAACCGUAUUAUGUAUUUCUUUUAUCGUCUUAUUGUUUUUUUUACAACGCAUACGACACAACUUGUGUAAAUAAACAAAAUCGGUAGGUUGUUGA